AUGACCACUCUCUUUUCUCUCCCUACUGUGACCUGGCGGAAGAAGUGUCAAAACCAUCGGGCCGACAAACAACCAACGUCAGUCGCGGCCGCAGCCCGUCCCGGCCGCAGCUCGGGCCUCAGACCCAGACCCAGACCCAGCACCACCAUGGUGGUCAUGGAAGCCCCCCCGGGGCUGAAGGAGGCCCAUCUCCUCCGCCGGGUGUCCACCGCUCGCCGGCCGAGCGGCAUGGCCCUCCCCCCGCACUUCAAGCCACGGCAGACGCGCAAGAAGCUCCAGGUCAUCAUCUGCGUGCUGCUGGUGGAGCUGUUCGAGCGCUUCACCUUCUUCGGCAUCGUCUGCAACAUGAUCAUCUUCUGCACCAUCAAGCUGGGCUACGACAACCACGAGGCGGCCAUGGUCAACCUGUGCUUCGUCGGGGCCAGCACGCUCACGCCCGUCCUGGUCGGGUGGUUCGCGGAGACCUGGCUGGGAAGGACCAAAGCUUUGUACAUAUGCGCCCUCCUCCAUUUCAUUGGCACGGCUAUGCUGCCAGUGGUGGCGUUCCCCUUUGAGGACUUCUACAUGGACACGAACAACAUCAUCCACCUCCUGGAGCACAGAGAGCAGCAGAUCCUCUUCUACGUUGGCCUUCUGGCCGCCGCGCUGGGCAUCGGGGGCAUCCGCGCUGUCCUCUGCCCCGUCGGAGCGUACCAUCUGCGGGGCUACGACCAGCAUCAGCUCCUCUCCUUCUUCAACUGGCUCUACUGGCUGGUGAACUUGAACUCCACGGUGGUGUUCUUGGGCAUCGCCUACAUUCAGCAGUCGGUGGCCAAGAACCUGGGCUUCCUCAUCCCCUUCACCUCAGUGCUGCUGGCCCUCAUCGCCAUCCACAUGCUGCGCAGCAACCUCACCUUCCGCCCAAAGAAAGGCAGCUCUCUGCUGACCACCAUGGGGGUGUUCCUGAACUCGCUGAAGAUGUGCUGUUUACGCCACCGCCACCUGAGUGGAGAUGUGCCCACCUGGUUGGACCGCGCCAAGGAGAACAACGGCGGCCGAUACAGCGAGACGACUGUCGAGAACGUCAAGAUUCUCGCCAAGUUGUUCCCCCUUUUCCUGCUACAGCUGCUGUACCGCACCUGUAUAACACAGAUCCCCUCGGGUUACUACCUCCAGACGAUGCACUCCAAUCUGAACGUAAACGGCUUCCUGCUACCCAUAGGAGCCAUGAAUGUGAUCAGCAUCCUGCCGCUGCUGCUGCUCGCUCCCCUGCUCGAGUUCAUCAGCACCUGCCACCUCACCAUGGAGAGGAAGCCCCUGGCACCCGCCACCGCCAUAACUCUUGGUCACACGUUUGCCACACUGUCGGUGCUGGUGGCGGGCCUCUCAGAGAUGUACAGGAAGAAAUUCCCCCUGGUGCAGCAGACCCUGUCAGGGAAAGAGUUGCAGGUCUCCUCCAUGGCUUGUUUCCACCUCGCACCACAGUAUAUUCUGUUAGGAGUCGCAGAGGCACUGGUGACCCCUGCAUGUUCCAACAUCUCCUUCUGUCUGACUCCUACUCAUUUGCGGGGUAUCGCUCUGCACUUUCUAACUCUAUCAUACGGAGGAGGGUGUUUUCUGGGGGCACUGAUUGUUCAGCUGGUCUUUUCCAUGUCUGGUGGUGUCUUUUAUCCUAAUGUUUUGAGUGACGGGAACCUUGAGGGAUUCUUCUUCUUUUUGUCGAUACUGAUGGCAAUAAACACUGUGGUGUUUUGGAGGCUUUCACACAGGUACAAGGACCUGACAGUGGACUUUGGGAGGGGGGCAAGGCCUAGCCAGCUUGCAGAGAAGCUCCUGCAGUACAAAGCAUGCCUCCGCUUCUAUGACACAGUGAAUCGCGCCACAGCGUUGCGCUCGAUGGAAAUCUUAUGAUCUUGCUCUUGGAAUAUGACCCUGUAACGCUGGCGUUACUCAGAGUAAAUGGCACACACUCACAGUUGAAGACCAUCAGUUAUUAGAAUCAGUUAUUCAAAUGAAUGCUGUCUAUUUAAGAGGGCUAAUUUGGCCUGGAUAUUGGAUAUCCCACAAAUGUGAAUUACUUUUUUUAUUGCCGAGGAUUAACAGUAGCUCACACGAUGUGUCCCUGGAAGUAACUGGUUCUCCUUUCAAGUUUUUAUUUUUUUUUAAAUAAAACUCUGAAAAAAUCUGA